GGUGUGUACAAAAAUAUAAUUGUAAAUUAGUGCGUGCAAGCAGUCUUGUUUGUCGAAGUGUUUAGAAUCGUGUGGUACAAACACAAAGGAUUGUGCACGGUUUCGGGAAGACAUUCGGUGGCAAAUAAAAAGAAUAUUCUAGAACGAAAAAACGCGAGGUAGUGCACAGUACGUACGGACAGUAAGCUGAAAAACACGGAGAGUUCGUUGUUUUUUGUUUCGAGAAAGCGUCAUUGCACUUGUACUGUCAGUCGAGAAAAGAACAAUUUCGUCGUGAUUUCAUCAUCGUAUGAAAGUGGACAAUCGGUUCUUUGAGACACAGUGAAUUCGGGAGAAACAAAAUGGAGAGCGAUCGAGUUAAUAUUGAAAAACUGGAAGGCGGAAGCAACUGGCUGACGUGGAAAUUUCAAAUGCGUCAAGUGCUAGAAGCUAGUGAACUAUUCGACGUGGUAGAUGGUACUGAUUCCCCACCGUCAAUUAGGGAUGAAAAUUAUAGGACGGAUAUCGUGGCGUGGAAGAAGAACGAUGCCAAAGCGAGACGUGCAAUUUCAACGGCGUGCAAGAAACAGCCAUUGCUGCAAAUUAUGAAUUGUGAUACGGCAAAUUCUAUGUGGACGACGCUGAAAAGUACAUACGAGCAGACAUCGAAGUCAAAUGUUUUAUUUUUGCAACAAAAAUAUUACAGUUUCACAAAGGAGCCGGGCGAUGAUAUUGCAACGUGUAUUUCGAAACUCAUGGAGAUUGUGCAGCAAUUGAAGGAUCAAAAGGAGAAUAUUUCCGAUACGAUGGUUAUGACAAAAAUUUUGAUGGCUUUGCCAGCAGAAUAUAACCAUUUCCACAGUGCUUGGGAAUCGACGAGUGCGGAAAAUCAAACCAUGUCAAAUUUGCGUGCGCGAUUAAUGGCGGAGGAGCUUCGAUUAAAAUCGCAGGGUCAGAUAGAACAUGUGGAAGCGUGA